AUGUGUGCCCGUACUCGUUGUUGGAUGGAUUUUGGGUAUCCAGGAUUUGGCCCACAAAGAAUAUUUUUCUGGAUUGAUGCUACUAUAUUUUUCUUUUAUUCAUUCUUUCAAUUUGCAUUUUCUGGACUUUUAUUGAAUAUAAUUAUCCGCCGCGAAAUAUUAAUUGCUGGAUUACAUGAAAUGUAUGCUAGGGAAUUUGCUAUUUAUUGUUUAGGGAUUGCUAUAUGCUCUCUAGCUGCUCCAGUUCAAUUUGCCUUAACACAACAAAAACAAUAUGCUGAACAACGAAUUUUGGUUGGAAAAUUAUUUAAUUUUAAAAAUAAAAUUGUAUAUGUUGAAAAACGAAGGGUCUAA